GUUUAUAGGUAGUAAUUUGUUGUAGCAAAGUCUGAUUGCCAAUCGAAUACUGUUCGGUUCGACGAACGAUCUACGGUCACGUCCCACUUCAAGGAACCAUUUGGAUUAGUUUUCAAGAAGUAUAAGGAAAUUAAAAGGUUAGUAUUCGAUAUAUUAAGAUAUUCCAUCGACAUAGAUUUGAGAAUUAACUUGCGUUUUUGUCUUAAAUCAGUUUUUAAGAUUAUGGAAAAUUCAACUACUCCUGAUUUGUAUUCGGAUGCGCAAUUAACAGUUAAUAAAUUGAAGUCAGCAGUUGUUUUACUUAACAAUAUCAAAAGGCGAUUACAAACUAGCACUCAGUUGGUGAAGACACAAAUUCACUCGUGUAUGUCCAGGCAAUUAGAAUCGUUACGUAGUCGAGAAUUGUGGUUACUUAGUCAAGUUGACUUGGUAUCAAGUGCUAAGAACGAAGUUUUAAGACAACAAAGAGAAACAAUAAAUGAGCUAUGUUCUAAAAUAGACUCAAUAGUUCAACAUAAAAACAUGGACGAGACAAUGCUACCAACUCUAUUAAAUGAGGCAUCUGAUAUGGAUCUUACUCUGGAGCAGGACGCCCAUAUGGCCUUCCACGUAGAUGUUGACGGACUUCAAGAAGCUAUUUUUAACUUUGGGAAAAUAAGUGGGACACCGGAGACUCGUUCGUUUUUAUCUGAACGUACUAUUUUCCAAUCACCAUCUCUACCAAACACUUUUGAGGAUUAUGAGGAUGUUGAUCAACAAAUUCUUUAUAAACCUCUGAGGGAACAUUGUCAAGAGAUUAAAGAAGAAAUUCAUAUUUGUUUACCAGAUAUUCCUGAUAGUCAAUGGUUAUCAUCAACUUCAAAGAUGUCUAGAAAGUCGGACAGACCAAAUGGAGAACCUGUGUCUCUUGGUUCGUGGCUAAGUAAGGAAAGAACCUCUGGUGAUGUUUGUAAUUGGUUAGAAACCUUGAAAGUGUCACCUGAAGUUGAAGAAGAGGCAAGUUUGGACUUUGAAAUAAUUGGAUCUACUUCAGAUUGCAGUAAAUCAUCAGAUGAUGAUCAAACUGAAAUUCAGAAAUUAACACUAAAUCAUAUGACAGAGAUUCUCGAAUCUCCGGCGUCAUUAUGGUUGUCUUCUUCUAAUACCGAAGAGAUGGAUGUUUAUGAAGAAAAUCCUUUUUCACAUAUUUCAAAAGAAUCAAAAGAUUGGCUUUCUUGUUCAUCAGCUGCCCUAUUACAAAACUGUAAAUCGAAUUGCGCAGAAAAGAAAAGAACAUUUGACAUUGAAAAUUUGGAUAAAAUGAAUUGUAUUCAAGUCAACAUUGGUGAUGAUUUAGAUAAAGAUGUUGAUGAUAGAUGCGCCUGUGCUGAGAGUCUACAAGAUUUUCUGGCAAUCACAACAAAUAAGACAAACUUGAAAGAAUGGCUGUCCAGUGGUUCAUCGAAAACCUUACCAGAUUAUUUAAAUCCUUGGUUAAGUUCCUCAUCCUUUCCUCCUAAUAUAGAGUUAGACGAUAGUAUAAAUAAUUUGAGGAAAUUUCAGCAGAAUUUUAAUUGGAUCCUUGAAAGAUCAGAAGAUAAUUGUAUGACAAAUAUGGAUAUUUCAAAGGAAAAAGACACAGAAGUAAUAGAAAAGUCGGACGAAAUGAAAAAAUGGUUAACAUUAGGAUCAGCGAGAGAAUUUAAGGAGCUAUUAUCUUGA